AUGAAGAGACGUCCCACGAAAUUGGUGAGAAAGAAGCGCAAGGAUCCGGCUGACCCGUUUCAGAGCGACGAGGAGAAGAAAUUGAAGUACUUUAUAUUGGAUAGAAGGUUUCCAGACCUCUUGAACACCAAGCUAGCCAGCAAGGUUGACGUGAAUAAUGAAGCCAAUAAGGAGUUUACACAUUUGAGAUACUCUGCUAUCACUGCUGCUCCAUCAACCUUCAUUAGAGACGGGUUCAAGUUGAGAAACAAUUUGCGUGCGUUUCCAAGAGAAACCGAGCUUUUGAUUGCCGUCACAAUGUAUAAUGAGCACGAUAUCUUGCUUGGGAGAACAUUACAAGGAAUCAUGGAAAACAUCAAGUACAUGACAUCAUUGAAGAAGUCUCAGACUUGGGGUGAGAACUCCUGGAAAAAAAUCGUUGUGUGUGUCAUUUCCGACGGCCGGUCCAAAAUCAACCCUAGAGCCAAGGCCUUGAUGACGGCCUUGGGGUGCUACCAGGAGGGAUUUGCCAAGUCCGUUAUUGACGAAAAAGAGGUACAGGCCCACUUGUUCGAGACAACUUCGUUGAUAAAUAUCCAGGAGGUGACAGAGACGAAGGUGAUAUUUGCGGACACUGCCAAAGAUAUUGAAACCAAUAUUCCCGUCCAGUUUGUGUUUUGUUUGAAGGAGAAGAAUGCGAAGAAGAUCAAUUCCCACAGAUGGUUUUUCCAGAGUUUUGCCAAAUUGUUGGACCCAAAAAUCACGGUGUUAUUGGAUGCUGGGACAAAGCCCGACAAAAAGUCCCUCUACAACCUUUGGAGGGAGUUCAAGACCGAUGAGAACGUUGCCGGUGCCUGUGGUGAAAUAAAGGCACAGACCGGGAAGGCCACGUACAAGGCGUUGCUCAACCCGAUCAUUGGGGCACAAAACUUUGAGUACAAGACAUCGAACAUCUUAGACAAGCCAUUAGAAUCGUCCUUUGGCUUCAUUUCGGUGUUGCCGGGUGCAUUCAGUGCGUAUAGAUGGUUAGCACUCGAUAUCGACAACCCUGAUGGCCCCUUGGAUAAGUACUUCAAGGGUGAAUUCUUGCAUAGCAACGAGGCCCCAGAAUUAUCUGAUCCUGAUUAUGAGUACAAGAACUUGCAAAAAUUAAAGCUCAAGUCCCAGGGCAUCUUCACCCAGAACAUGUACUUGGCCGAGGAUCGUAUCUUGUGUUUCGAGCUUGUCACUGCGAAGAAGCAUAAAUGGGUCUUGAGAUACGUUUCCAGUGCGGUUGGGGAGACGGAUGUCCCUAGUCGCCUCCCAGAGUUCAUUUUACAGAGAAGAAGAUGGUUGAAUGGCUCUUUCUUUGCGGGGACAUACUCAAUCAUCAAUUUCAACAAGUUUUUGAGCUCUGGCCACUCUGUGAUUAGAAAGUUUUUCUUGGUCAUCGAGUUUAUCUACCAGAUUGUGUCCCUUGCGGUUUCUUGGUUGUCCUUGGCUUCCUUUUUCUUGGUGUUCAGGAUCUUGUCCUCUGCGACCGCUAGCGGCAGCGCUUCCUUCACCGGCUCGUACCAGCUCUCGGUUGUGUUCCUCUAUCUCUACGUCUUUCUCCUUGUGCUCACCAUUUUAUUGUCUUUCGGUAACUCUCCUCAGGGGCGUUCCACCGCUAUGAUAUACAACUUUAUUGUGGGGGCUUUCGCGUGCAUUAUGAUCUACAUGUUGUUCUGUAUCGCGUGGUUGGUUGCCAACUUCGCCAAUCAAUUGGUAGAUUACUUCAAGAUGAUCGGGGGCAGCCUCACCAUUGGAGAUUUUGCUAGAGUUCCGUUGCUCCGUGAUUUGGUCAUCUCCUUGCUCUCCACCUACGCGUUGUACUUCUUUGGGGCUGUGCUUUUCUUGGACAUGUGGCACAUGUUGUGGUCGUUCUGGUGGUAUAUCCUUUUAUCUCCUGCCUACACCAAUGUGUUGAACAUCUACGCCUUUUGUAAUAUCCACGACGUGUCGUGGGGUACUAAGGGUGACACCGGAGGGAAAUCUUUGGGCUCUGUCAAGUUAGACAGUGACUCCAACGUCGCCAACUCCAGCCCUAUUCCGGAUGAUAAGGAGGUGAACAAAGCGUAUGUCGAGGAGAUGGAAAUUUUGAACACCGACUUCAAGGAUGAGGAAGGAUCCAAAAAAGAGGACCAAGUCGACAAGUUUGCGUUUGUGAGAACCGCCGUUGUGGUGUUUUGGAUGAUUACCAAUUUUUCCUUGGUGGCCAUCGUCCUUAACGUCGGGUUUAACCUGUCCACCACCCCAAGCAAAAGAGAUGCAUGGAUCAUUAACCGCCUGAAUUACUGUCUGAUCUGA